CACCUUUCAUUCUCAUCAGACAUGUCGUCCAGGAUUCUCUGCUUGUUUCUUGCUCUUGUUUUUUGGGGUCCGGUUCAUGGCGGGCCCCUGACGAACCCCCACCCCAGCAUCACGGACCAGCAGCUGUUCUGGGGCGCCGACCAGUACGACUUCUCUGUGGUGCUUCCUGCUUCUGGGUUGGAGUGUUUCUGGCACUUUGCUCACCGCGGAGAGAGGUUCUACCUGAGCUUCAUGGUGCAGUGGGUGACGGGAGUCGGCCAUGACAGACACCUGUCUGUCACCGUCAACGCUCCCAGCAGUCUGUUGGUGUCGACUGUCGACGACGCGACGGGUCAGAUCAACUUUGAGGCUGAGGAAACAGGUUUCUACCAGAUGUGUUUCAGCAACUUCCACAACCACUUCGGCACCAUGCAGGUCUCCCUCAGCUUUGGCGUUUACUACGACGGCUACCAAGACCCCGCCACCAGCAAAGAUGAGCAGAAGAAGAAGAAAGAGGAAGUGAGCAAAGACCUGAACAACACACUGAACAUCAUAGAGGACGCGACUCACAAAGUGGAGAACUACGUGUUCCACAUGUUCCGCUACUACAACUUCGGCCGCAUGAGGAGGAGCGCCGACUACUUCCUGCUUCAGUCCAACUCGCAGUACGUCACGUGGUGGUCGACGGCCCUCAGCCUCCUCAUCGUCACCUCCGGGUAUCUGCAGCUCUUCUUCCUCAAAAGACUCUUCGUCAGUAAGACCGGCACCGAGGACGAGAGGCCUCGGUGCUGACGGACUCAGGGCGGGUCAGAGUCCGGAUGUUUAGUCCAGCAGAAACAGACCAGAACGAAGCCGACGGCCAAACGGCUAAAUCCCCCCAAAAACAUCAUUCUGUCAUCUGUGUGUGUGUACGGUGGCCCUGGAGCCUCAAACGACACUGUGAUGCUGUGGUGGCCAUUUUUCUUUCUGGUAUUGUAUUUGUGUCCUCUUACUUCUUCACACGAUAUAAUUAAACUUUGCUAUUAGACGA